AUGAUCAAUACUACAUACGCAACAGAGGAGUUUUUUGAGUAUGAUGCCGAGGAGUUCCUGGUGCUCCUAACCCUGCUCAUCACAGAGGGAAGGACACCGGAAUACUCUGUGAAGGGCAGGACUGAGGGGCUUCACUGUCCACCAGCCCAGUCAGCCAUGCCUCCUUUUCACAAACACGAAUGCAGCGACAAACUGCCCCAGUGUCGGCAAGCAAGACGAACUCGUUCAGAAGUCAUCCUGCUUUGGAAAAACAGCAUCCCCAUCAUGAUCGAGGUCAUGCUUUUGCCAGACUGUUGCUAUGGUGAUGAAUGCCCCCCAAGUGACCCCAUCAGUGACCCGGUCAUCAAACAAGAUGCUCUGCUGCUGGAGAGGUGGACCCUGCAGCCAGUACCAAGACAAAGUGGUGAUCGUUUCAUUGAGGAGAAAACCCUGCUAUUGGCUGUUCGUUCCUACGUCUUCUUCUCUCAGCUCAGCGCCUGGCUCAGUGCCUCCCAUGGCAUCGUCCCCAGAAACAUCCUGUACAGGAUCAGUGCUGCUGAUGAUGAUCUGGUAUGGCAGUUUUCUCAGCCUCCAUCAGAGCACAUUUUCCCUGUUCCUAAUGUAUCCCAGAGUGUUGCACUGCAGGUUCGUGUUCAGUCGCUCCCUAGACAACCCACCUAUCCCACAUUGGCCUGCAGCAUCCAUACCGGCCUGCCUCCACUGUACAGCAAGACACCCAGCCUCAGUCCAAACUUCAACAGCCAUGGUGGCUUGCCCACCCUAAAAAAGAGCCAGGAGCCCAGCCAAGAAAACCUCCAUCACAAUUCUAACAUGUACAGCAAGUCCUCUAACUCCAGAUCUGGCCCACUCAACAAUGGCCUGCCCGUCCCUACCUUACCCAUCAACAACAUCCCCAUUAACAGCCUUCCUCACACCGCUGUGUCCCAUCCAUACCUCAAAAAGGGUCCAGAGUCUGGUGAAAACCACUCCUAUCAGAAUGGAGAGCUUCCACAGGUUGGCCUCCCCCAGCGUCAGGGCUCACCGUUGUUCCACAAGCCACUUCAGUCCCCAACACCCUCCCGCGCAAGCUCUCCCUCCCAACUUUCCACAAGUAAAGCUGGGAAGUGGUUGUACUCAUCCCUCAAUGGUUCAUCUGAUUCCACGCAAGUGGAUGACUAUGGUUCUGGUACCAACACCAGUGAAAAGUCCAAGAGUCACAUCCAUGAGCCUCUGAGAGCUUUCAAGCAUUUGUCCAUGGCCGAGCCCCCGCGCUGCCCCUCCCCACGGCCUGCUGCUACUGAGACUAACCCCUUGAUUGGCUCCCUGCUGCAGGAGAGACAGGAAGUUAUCGCCCGCAUUGCACAAAGGCUCAACUUCUGUGACCCGACUGCUCCGCCGCUCCCUCCCGGCCUGUUUGCUUCUGACAACCCUCCCAAAGCCAUGUGGGGCAGUACGCACGACACUAUAGCUGCCACUAAGACCAAAGAGCCCGAGAUUCCACCUUAUGAGACCGUGGGACGCGUUUGGCCCGCCCCGUUCAACACACCCGUAACCGAGACUUCUUUCGUCAAACGAGAGAGUUCCUCCCCUAAACCUGCAGCCUGCAGGAAACUGAAAAUGACUGAGACAAGAGUGAAAGAGGAGGAGAGGAAUGGGGAGAAGCAAAGAGACAGGGAGAGGGAGAAAGAUAAGGAAAAGGAGAGAGACAGCUCCCUCAUUGCCCAGGCCGUGCAGGACAUCACCAGGCUCAUCCAGGAGAGACUGUCCGUCCCCUCUUUGUCCCCAAGGCACAGCAGCAGUGGCAGCACUCUGCACCACAUGCACACCACCACAGUCACACACACCGUCCGCACAUACACACACCCUGCACACAUCCCCGAAGCAUCACACACUGCCAGCAAUGGCUACGCCAAUGGCCACGCACCCAGCCACCAACCUCAGAGAGGCAGCGCACACAACGCCGCCCCAAACAUGCCCUUUUGCACAGAGAAGCCCCGAGUCGGACCCAGGACCGAAUGCCAUUCUGCCUGGGCCCAAAAUGGUGCUGAGUUUACACUUGAAGAACCCUCAAUAAAUGGCCAGUUCCACGCCCAGGCUGGUCAGCGUUUACGAGCUUUUCCAAAGGAGAAGCUCCAAGUCAGGACACCCUGCAGCCAUGAACCCCCCCAUGCCUCCCCUGACCUUGAGAACAAUCCAAGGAAUGCCCAGUUACUUAGCUGGAAUUACGAUGAUGCCAGCCCAGCCACGAACUGUAACAGAAGCCAGGACCACAGGAAGCCUCAGCCUCAGGCCCAGACGCAGCCAGCACAGGCUCCUGCCCUCCAGGAUGAAAAUCAGGCCCCCCCACAAUCGGGACGCUUCAGCACUUUGACUACAGACAAGACUCCAUCGCCUACUGUCCUCCGUCCCCAAAGCCCCUCCCCUCUGCGUCCGUGCAACAGCUGGAAGAAACAGAAUCGCCACUCAUUAGAUGCCACAGCUACCAAGGCCUUCCACCCCUGCACUGGCCUGCCUCUGCUCUCCAGCCCUGUUCCUCAGAGGAAGAAUCAAACAGGUUACUUUGACCUGGACACCUCUCUGACUGGCUGUAAGGGUUUGCCUUGGGCCUCUGGGAAAAGGGUGUGUCUAAAGAGAGAGGGGUACACGGAUGAGCAGCAGCUGUUCAGCGCCAGCGCUCCACCUGCCAGUCUCAGUCUGCUGGGAAACUUUGAGGAGUGUGUGCUGAACUACCGCCUAGAGCCUUUGGGGACAAUUGAAGGUUUCACAGCUGAGGUGGGAGCCAGCGGCUCCUUCUGCCCCAGUCACCUUACCAUACCUGUGGAUGUGUCCUUCUACAGUGUCUCUGAUGACAAUGCUCCCUCCCCGUAUAUGGGUGUGAUAAACCUGGAGUCCCUGGGAAAAAGGGGCUACCGUGUACCUCCAUCAGGAACCAUUCAAGUGACCUUAUUCAACCCGAACAAGACGGUUGUAAAGAUGUUUGUUGUGAUGUACGACCUACGAGCUAUGCCAGCUGGACACCAGACUUUCCUACGCCAGAGAACCUUCUCUGUUCCUGUUCGCCGUGACACAAACAAUCAGACCAGCAGGAGGCCCCUCAGCCUGGGCCAAGGCCGCACCCUGCGCUACCUCGUUCACCUGAGGUUCCAGAGCUCCAAGUCUGGGAAGAUCUACCUCCACAGGGACAUCCGCCUGCUGUUCUCAAGGAAGUCCAUGGAGGUGGACAGCGGUGCUGCCUAUGAGCUGCAAUCCUUCACGGAGUCCCCCAUGGACCCACCGUUCUCUCCCCGCUGUUGA